AUGGCUAGAAUCUAUCGCAACCCCGACAAACCUGUUGUUGAUGUCCCGAAGGUGGACCUGUUGACCUUGCUGUUUGAGAGUGAACACUGUGCGGCUCAGGACGAUACUGUUUUACAUCUGGAAGCAGCGAACCCGUCAAACAAGAUCACCAAGAAGCAGCUCCGGAACCUCACUGAGCGCAUUGCCCAUGGUCUACGGAAACAUUAUGGUGUCGGUGCCAGUGGUCCGAACAAGGAUGUCAUCACUGUCAUCAGCUACGGCCAACCCAUGGUGCCAGCAGCCUUUUAUGGUACCAUCGCUGCUGGAGGAGUUUAUUCUGCCGCCAGUCCUUCUUCGACGGUAGCAGAUCUGGCUCGACAGGUCAGCGUCGGUACCAGCCGCCUGAUUAUCUGUGGUUCGGAACACAAAGACGUGGCAACCCAGGCGGCGAAACAGUGCAAUCUUCCAUUGGAAAGGGUUCUGGUGCUGGAUUCCAGUCCUUGGAGCUUGGCGAGUCUAGAUGGCCGCAUCAAUGUCAUCUCCGACCAGACCCUGACGUGGGAGCGCGUUACCGAUCCCACGGCGUUGAAGAAGAGUCUGAUUGUGAUUCUAUGGUCCUCGGGCACCACGGGUCUUCCCAAGGGAGUCAUGAUCUCCCACGAAAACCUCGUGCAAGAGUCAUUUGUAACAUCGGUGGCCGGAAGAGAGUGGGCUGCGAAGCAGAUUGCAGCCGGGAAGGAGCUGAAGCCUUACCGGACUCUUGCUCAUCUUCCUAUCAGCCAUAUUGCUGGCCUGUUCGGAUACCUUGUCGCACCCUUCUAUUCGGGCGGGUUGGUGGUGUGGAUGCGCAAGUACGAGUGGAACCAACUGUUGAAGUACGCCAAACAGUACGAGAUCACUGCCUUCUACACCGUCCCGUCCAUAUAUCUCCGGAUAUCCAAGGCUCCUGAGGUGAAGGACGCCUUCAAGUCUCUUGAUGCCGCGACAACUGGCGCGGCCCCCAUGGACGGCGAUUUGCAGACUGCUGCAAAUUCCAAACUUGGUCAAGGCGAGACCUUUAUCGGUCAAACGUGGGGAUUGAGUGAGACGACAGGUGCGGUGACUAUGAUGCCGAGGGGUCAGAGUGAUACGACUGGAAGCAUUUCCCCGAUCCUCCCCAAUGUCGAAAUCAGGAUGGUUGACGAAAACUACAACGACGUUGAGCCAGGCCAGGAAGGUGAAAUGCUGGUCCGAAGUCCGCUCGUCACGCAAGGCUACUUUAACAAUCCCCAAGCGACGAAAGAAUCAUUCCACGGGGACUGGUUCUGCACUGGCGAUAUUGGAAUUCUGCGGAAUGGCAAGUUCUACAUCGUCGACAGAAAGAAGGAGCUCCUCAAAUACAAGGGCCUCCAAGUGGCGCCCGCCGAGAUCGAGAAUCUACUCUUCACCCACCCCAAGAUCCAGGAAGCAGCCGUCGUCGGCGUCAACAUGCCAGACGACCCCGGGACGGACCUGCCACGGGCCUAUGUCGUCGCCGACCCCAAGGAGAUCAGUGAGGAAGAAAUCAAGGACUUUGUCAAGCAGCGUCUCGCGCCGUACAAGCAGCUCCGAGGAGGGGUCGUCUUUGUGAAGGAGCUGCCGAAGAACGCGAUCGGCAAGUAUCUGCGGAGGGAGCUCCGAGACCGAGCGAAGCGGGAAUUGGGCCUGGUCAAGCCGUCGAAGCUGUAA